AUGUUUUAUUUCCAGCACCUGCCUAAUGUUGUUGAGGCCGUCAGCUGUGAUGCCAAAUCAAUGCAGUUAAUUGUGAAGGACCCGAGUUUUACAAUAAACAGUAAUGGAGCAGUGGUAGCUUUAACGUCUGUCUCAGUGGCAGAAAGAGGACGGACAUUUUCUUUGUGCGCUCAGGAUAAUAGUGGACCGGAAAGUAAGAUGGAAGUUCACCUUGUCCCCAGUACAAUGCUGAAAAAACAUGUAAGGCAACUGCAUAAACGAGGCCAAGGAUUCCUGAGUCGCUCUAAAAGACGCUGGGAACCUCCGAACUUCAACGUAGUGGAGAAUUAUGAAGGACCCUAUCCAAAACUAAUGGAAAAGCUGGUGUCAGAUUCAUCUGCCUACCGGGAUGUGUACUACACUAUCGAAGGAGAAGGAGUCACUACGUAUCCAACUGGAGUGUUCAGACUGGACAGAAACACAGGGGAGCUGUUCUUGCUCAAAGCAGUGGAUCGUGAGGAGUUCCCAGAAUACAAUAUUGUGGUGCGUGCUUAUCACAAAACAACAUGGAUGCAGACAGAUGAGGAUUUGCCCAUAAAAGUGGUUGUAAAUGAUGUCAAUGACAAUCCACCGGAGUUUGUAGGUCCACUACAGUUUACAGUUCCUGAGCACUGUAGUGCAGGGACUGCGGUGGGAAAGGUGAAUACAAUGGACAGAGACCAAAAUGGCACUGACCAUGUGAAGAUUAGGUAUACACUCCUAACUGGAACAGCCAUGUUUGCCAUUCAUCCGGAAACAGGUGUCAUCUCAACAACAAUCAACACCCUAGACAGAGAGUUAACAGACAACCAUUUGGUGGCUGUAAAAAUUCAGGAUAUGAAUGGUGCAGCAAAUGGUCUGGUUGCCACAUCAACAGCAACAAUUGUUCUAAAUGACAUCAAUGACAACCCACCAACCUUCAUGAAAACAUCUUAUGAUGUCACUGUGCCAGAGAAUGAAAGUGAAAAACUUCUACUUCGAAUUCCAGUUCAAGAUAAAGAUUUGAUAAACACACCAAACUGGAUAUCAAAGUUUGUCAUUACUCAAGGAAAUGAGAAUGGAAAUUUCAGGAUUGUUACUGACCACGAAACAAAUGAAGGGCUUCUGUACGUCUCAAAGCCAUUAGAUUAUGAGAAGACCAACAAUGUGCAGCUUCAGAUCACGGCACAAAAUCAAGCACCGCUGAAUGGCAGCAGUGCCAGUUGGCAAUCCAUCCCUGUGAAUGUCAGUGUCACCAAUGAAGGCCCAGAAUUCUCUGCUCCUUCAAUCCGCUUCAGUGUCAAAGAGAACACACCAAAUGGCACAGUGAUAGGAACUUAUACAGCUACAGACCCUGAGACCAAGAGCAGCAAAUCCCUUAAAUGGAACCCUCUCUGA